AUGCGACGAUCGCUGAUUCUGCUCUCGAUUUUGUUCUCCGUCGGCAGUAUUCGGCUCAAUGGGAGGUUACCCGAGAGGAGAAAUCGUAUGCUAAUGAUGCACCGGCGGUUGGGCAAUCGUGACGAUGUUGGCCAAAAAGUUUGCUUCGAUCUGCUGGGCUGCUUUCCCGAGCGUCAGCAGCCACUGGCCAUAAAGCGGCCGCCUCAGCACCCGAGCGUCAUAAACACUCGGUUCUUCCUGUACACGCGGGAACGGAGGAAAGAGCCCGAGGUGCUCGAGUACGGGGACGAGCUGCGCUCGAUGACCCGGUCGCGCUUCAACGCCACGAGGAAGCUCAAAGUCAUCAUACACGGCUACAAGGGCAACGGCAUCAACGAGGAGGCGGUCGUCGGCAUCCAAGCCUUCCUCGACUUGGAGGACGCCAACGUCGUGGUGGUCGACUGGGCAAAGGGCGCGGGCACGAGCUACGGCACAGCAGUGUCCAACACGGAGCUAGUGGGCCGUCAACUGGGCCUCGUUCUGCUGGACGCGGUGCGAAUGGGCGUCGACCCGAGCGACGUGCACCUCGUCGGCUUCAGUUUGGGCGCCCACGUGGCCGGCUGUGCCUCCGAGAUCCUCAAGAAGCACAACCUCCUGCUCGGCCGCAUAACCGGCCUCGACCCGGCCUCCCCGUUCUUCCGGCACCACCUGUUCCGUGAAAAGGCCCGCAAGCUCGACCAGUCGGACGCCAGGCUCGUCGACGUCAUUCACAGCGACGGCUCGGCCGACUUUACCGACGGCUUCGGCCUCCUCAAGCCCAUCGGACACGUCGACUUCUUCCCGAACGGCGGGAGGCAGCAGCCUGGCUGCAACGACGUCAAAAACUCGGUCGUCGUCACGCACUUCAACGAGGACAGCCUGGACAUCCACAUAGCCUGCAGCCACGCGCGCUCCUGGUUCCUGUUCGUCGAGAGCUUGCAGAGCCAGUUGGGUGCUUGCAGGUUUCAGAGCUGGCCGUGCAAGCGCCGCUACGGAAGCUUCGCUGCUGGCUCGUGCUUCCCACCGGAGGACACGAUAGCCGCUCCGGAGAUGGGCUACGCGGCCGAUCGCGGGGGACCGGCUGGGCAGUACUACCUGGCCACAAGGGCCGAGCCGCCCUUUUGCGGCUACCCCCUUCGAGUGUCCGUCAAGCUUGGAGAUAGCGAGAUCAAACCGAGGGGACUGGCGCGGAUCAGGGCGGCCGGCGAUGGCUGGACGGUCGACUUUAACGUCGUUUGCGACCAGUCGGCCCUGCCUCCGCUGUCGAGCUUGAAUAAUCGAAACAGCAACCAGCCGACGUUUUACGACAUCAAGGCUGCCGACUUUGAUGCCUUUCGAGCUAACGCCACCGACAUUCGAGUCGGCAUUAGGUUCGAGGCCGUUGUUCCCGAGGACGCGCCCGAGCCGCAGCUCUUCGAGACUCUGCUGUUGGACAAGAUCGCCCUGGAGGACCGGAGAGGCAACAGGUGGCAAUCCUGCAGCGAGACUUUUGCGGUGGGCUCGAACGAGGAGAGGGUGACCUUGACGAGCCAGCUGUGUGAAUAG